AUGGCCGACCCACGAGAUGUGUCGCAGUACAAGUACUCGGCCAUGUCCAACCUUGUCCUCAAGGUGGACCGGCGACUUAUCAACCGGCCCACGGACAAGGCGACAGGCGAGCCAGAGUCUAUUGCCGGUCGCUUGACGAUCAAAGAUAUGGGGUCGCGCGUCGGCCGCGAAGCCGCGCCGAAACCGAAGACCCUUCCAGAUGUUGAGAGAGGAAGCAUACAAGAAGGCCGAGAUGUGUUGUUAAGAGACCAAAGGAAGCGCAAGGCCGAUGGCCAGUUACGGGGGAAUGGUAUUCUGGGCGCAGCAGAUCUCGCCAUCGAAGGCAUCCAAUACCGUCCACGGACAGCCGCCACGCGCGCGACCUUCGACCUUAUCCUAACACUCGUCGCCAACAGCUUAGGCGACGUACCCUACGAAGUGGUGCGAAGCGCUGCCGACGCCGUCUUGGAGUAUCUCAAAGAUGAGGACAUGAAGGACUUUGAUAAGAAGAAGGAGAUCGACGAGAUUCUGGGCAUAACACUGAGCCCGAAGCAGUUCAACGACCUUGUCAAUCUAGGCAAGAAAAUCACCGACUACGAUGCGCAAGACGAAGAAGAAGAGGAUAGGGCAUCACAGGGCAGUGCCACCCUUGACGAUCGGCAAGGUGUCGCUGUUGCGUUCGAGGACGAAGACGAAGAGGAGGAGGAGAUUGUUCCUGAGGUCCGUGACUAUUCAUCUGAAGAAGAGGAGGAAGAAGAAGAGGAAGAAGAGGAAGCUGCGAGAGAAGCCGAUGCCGCUGACGCAGAGGCAUUACGAGAAAGCGACGAAAUGGUUAUCGACUCUACUCUAGCAGACCAAGGGAAGCAAGAUGGGGAGACCACUGUACCAGCCCGGGAAAUAGAUGCCUUUUGGCUUCAGCGGCAAGUCGGCAAGAUCUAUUCUGACCCCAAAGAACAACACGAUAAAACCCAAGAGGCGCUGCGAAUACUCUCUGGCGAACCGGACGAGCCGGGUGGCGAAGAGAAGCCGUUGCGAGAAAUCGAGAACGACCUCAUGGAGCUUUUCGAAUACGAACACCACGAGCUCGUCCAGCUCCUUAUCGAGAACCGAGAGAAGGUCGUCUGGCUUACCAAGUUAGCGCGGGCUGUGAGCAACGAGGAGCGUGCUGCUGUCGAACGCGAAAUGGCUUCAGAAGGCUUGCAGUGGAUUCUCAAUGAACUACACGGGAAGAAGCCCGAGGAAGGCAAGAAGAAGCUUGAUAUCAAGAUGGACAUCGACGUCCCGGAAUCUAUCACCAACGGUGCCGCCAAGGCCGAGAAACCCGAAGGCCAGCUUGCAGGUGGGUUACAACCGCGGAAGCUCAUCAACCUAGACAAUCUCGUUUUCGACCAGGGCAACCAUCUCAUGACGAACCCAAAUGUAAAGAUACCUGCGGGUUCUACGAAGCGCACUUUCAAGGGCUAUGAAGAGAUCCAUGUCCCAGCACCGAAGAAGCGGAGUGACCCCAACGAUCCCCUUAUCCCGAUUACAGAGAUGCCAGAGUGGGCUCGUGUUCCCUUUAGUACCGCGAAGUCUCUGAACAGGAUCCAGUCGAAGUGCUAUCCCACGGCGUUCCAAGAUGAUGGAAAUAUGCUUGUUUGCGCUCCCACUGGCAGUGGUAAGACAAACGUAGCUAUGCUUACAAUUCUUAGGGAGCUCGGCAAGCACCGCGAUCCGGAGACUGGCAAUAUUGACCUGGAUAGCUUCAAAAUUGUAUACAUCGCCCCUCUGAAGGCCCUUGUCCAGGAACAGGUCGGGAACUUUGGCAAGAGGCUCCAGCCCUACGGUAUUACAGUUGAGGAACUUACUGGCGACCGCCAGCUCACGAAGCAACAGAUCGCGGAGACUCAGAUCAUCGUGACCACCCCAGAGAAGUGGGAUGUCAUUACUCGGAAAGCGACGGAUCUCUCCUAUACUGUUCUCGUCCGACUGAUCAUUAUUGACGAGAUCCACCUGCUACAUGAUGACCGUGGUCCAGUUUUGGAAAGCAUCAUAAGUCGUACCAUCCGCAAGACUGAGCAGACCGGUGAACCGGUCCGCCUAGUUGGCCUAUCAGCUACUCUGCCCAACUUCAGGGACGUAGCGAGCUUCCUCCGAGUUGAUAUGAAGACAGGACUCUUCCACUUUGAUGGAUCUUUCCGACCCUGCCCACUCCGCCAAGAGUUCAUCGGCGUCACAGACCGCAAGCCCAUCAAACAACUCAAGACAAUGAACGAUGUUACCUACAACAAGGUCCUGGAGCAUGUCGGUACCAAUAGGAACCAGAUGCUGAUCUUUGUUCACUCGAGAAAAGACACAGCCAAGACUGCCCGGUACAUUCGAGACAAGGCUUUGGAAAUGGAUACCAUUAACCAAAUUCUACGUCACGACGCUGGUAGCCGCGCUAUCCUGAACGAAGCCUCGGAGCAAGCUACUGAUAAGGACCUCAAAGAUCUUCUACCCUACGGAUUCGGAAUCCAUCAUGCCGGCAUGAACCGAGCCGACCGUACCGAUGUCGAGGAUCUCUUCGCCCAAGGUUCUAUUCAGGUCCUUGUUUGUACUGCUACGUUGGCUUGGGGUGUAAACCUUCCUGCGCAUACAGUCAUCAUCAAGGGUACACAGGUUUACUCUCCCGAGAAGGGUAGCUGGGUUGAGCUUAGUCCUCAGGACGUUCUACAAAUGCUUGGUCGUGCGGGCCGGCCUCAGUUCGAUACCUACGGAGAGGGCAUUAUCAUAACGACGCAAAGCGAGAUGACGUAUUAUCUAUCGCUCUUGAAUCAACAAUUACCCAUUGAGAGUCAGUUUGUGAGCCGCCUGGUCGACAAUCUGAAUGCAGAAGUUGUGCUUGGUAAUGUCCGAACGCGAGACGAGGGAGUAGAGUGGCUUGGGUACACGUAUCUCUUCGUCCGUAUGCUUCGGUCACCAGGCCUUUACCAAGUCGGGGCGGAAUAUGAAGACGACGAAGCCCUCGAACAAAAACGAGUUGAUCUCAUCCACUCGGCGGCCACCGUCCUCCGAAAGUCGGGCCUGGUCAAGUAUGAUGAAAAGACGGGGAAGCUACAGGCUACUGAACUGGGUCGUAUUGCUUCUCAUUACUACAUCACCUACGGCUCGAUGGAUACCUACAACACCCUGAUUCUUCCGGGCAUUACCACCAUUGAGCUCUUCCGAGUAUUCUCGCUCAGCGCCGAAUUCAAGUUCAUUCCCGUCCGACAAGACGAAAAGGUUGAACUUGCGAAGCUUCUUAGCCGAGUUCCGAUCCCCGUCAAGGAGAGUAUCGAAGAAUCCCACGCCAAGAUCAAUGUUCUUCUACAGGCCUACAUUUCUCGGCUUCGCUUGGAGGGUUUCGCUCUCAUGGCCGACAUGGUCUACGUUACUCAAUCUGCAGGGCGAAUCUUGCGUGCCAUCUUCGAAAUCACCUUGAAGAAGGGCUGGGCUGAUGUUGCAAAGACAGCCCUCGACCUAUGCAAGAUGGCAGAGAAGAGGAUGUGGCCGACGAUGACACCACUUCGCCAGUUCCCCAGCUGCCCUCGCGACAUCAUCCAAAAGGCAGAACGAGUUGAGGCCCCUUGGAGUGCAUACUUCGACCUUGACCCUCCAAGGAUGGGAGAACUCCUCGGUAUGCCGCGACACGGCCGGACUGUCUGUGGACUAGUCGCCAAGUUCCCCAGACUGGAGGUGCAGGCCCUCGCGAAGCCCCUCACGAGGUCAAUGAUGCAUAUAACUCUUGAAAUAGCGCCAAACUUUGAGUGGGACGAUGAAGUCCACGGCGCAGCAGAGAGCUUUUGGAUCAUUGUCGAAGACUGCGAUGGAGAGCGGAUCCUCUACCAUGAUCAAUUCAUCCUCCGAAGGGAGUACGCGACGGCUGAAGAUAACCGCCACAUCGUAGACUUUACCGUGGAAAUUUUGGAACCCAUGCCACCCCAUUACUUCGUCUCCUUGAUUUCAGAUCGAUGGAUGGCCUCGGAAACUAAGCUGGCUCUCUCUCUUCUGAACCUCAUCCUACCAGAAAAGUUCCCGCCGCAUACUGAGCUCCUUAAGCUUCAGCCUCUCCCCGUGUCCGCGCUCAAGGUUGAACAAUACGUCAAGCUAUACCCUGACUGGCAAAAUUUCAAUCCUAUCCAGACUCAAACGUUCAAUUCGCUGUAUAGCACUGACGACAAUGUACUUGUCGCUGCGCCCACCGGAUCCGGGAAGACUGUCUGCGCAGAAUUCGCCCUUCUCCGUCACUGGGCGAAGAGCUCGGCCGGUAAAGCCGUAUAUAUCGCCCCCUACCAAGACCUUGUUGACAUACGGUUGCGCGACUGGGAGAAGCGGCUUAGCCAUUUGCGUGGCGGCAAGUUGAUUGUGAAGCUCACGGGUGAGACGGCAACCGAUCUUGACCUGCUCAAUAGGGGUGACCUGAUCUUGGCCACACCGUCUCAGUGGGACGUUCUGUCGCGCCAGUGGAGGCGGCGCAAGAACGUCCAGCUGGUCGAGCUUCUCCUUGCCGACGAGCUGCAUCUCCUAGGAGAGAAUCUGGGGUACGUCUACGAAGUCGUCGUGUCCCGGAUGCAGUACAUCAGUGGCCAGACGGAGCACCCUCUGCGAACGGUGGCUCUCAGCGUCUCCCUCGCGAACGCGAGAGAUUUUGGGUCUUGGAUCGGCGCGAAGAAGCACGACGUGUACAACUUCAGCCCGUUUGUCCGGCCCCUGCGACUCGAGCUUCAUCUUCAAUCCUUCUCAAUCCCCCAUUUCCCUUCUCUCAUGUUAGCAAUGGCGAAGCCCACCUACCUUGCCAUAACACAAAUGUCGCCGAAUCAACCGGCCUUGGUUUUUGUCCACAGCCGAAAGCAGACUCGGCAAACGGCUCGAGAUCUUCUUGCAGCCUGUUAUGCGGAUGACUACGAAGACCGUUUCCUUAAUGCUGAAGGCGACCAGCUCAAGCGCAUUCUCGAUCACAUUGACGAGGAACCUCUCCGUGAAGCCCUAUCUCAUGGUGUCGGCUACUACCACGAGGCUCUCAGCCAGAGCGACCGGCGCAUCGUCAAGCAUCUCUAUGAUAGAGGAGCUAUUCAGGUCUUGGUCGCGUCUCGUGACGUUUGCUGGGAGCUGGACUGCACUGCCCACCUAGUGGUGGUUAUGGGCACUCAGUAUUUCGACGGGCAAGAACACCGCUAUGUGGACUAUUCUAUGAGCGAGGUCCUACAUAUGUUCGGCAAGGCCUUGCAGCCUUUGGAAAAGAAGAGCCGCGGCGUGCUCAUGGUACCAGCAGUGAAGCGAGAGUUCUACAGCAAGUUCUUGAGGGAGGCGCUUCCGGUAGAGUCGCACGUUCCCGAUAACCUCCACGAUACGUUUGUCACUGAGAUCAGCACCAAGAUGAUCCAGUCGGCCGGCGAUGCUGUCAACUGGACCACCUUCACCUACUUCUACAGGCGCCUGCUUGCCAACCCAAGCUACUACGGCCUCAGCGAACUAACGGAUGACGCUCUCGGUCGCUUCAUUUCCGACCGGGUAGAAGAGACGUUCAGCCAGUUGAACGAGGCGAAGAUUAUCGAGUACGAUGAGGAGGACGGCUCCGUCGUGCCCUUGAACGCAGCCAUGAUCGCAGCAUACUACAACAUCUCCUACGUGACCAUGGAAACCUUCCUUCUCUCGCUCACUGGUCGCACGAAGCUCAAGGGAGUCCUCGAAGUUGUGACGUCCGCCACGGAGUUUGAGGCAAUCCAGCUAAGGAGACACGAAGGCGGAAUUCUACGCCGUAUAUACGAGAAACUUCCCGUCAAGAUGUCGGGAGACGUCAACCUGGACUCAGCGCAUUUCAAGGCUUUCGUCCUGCUUCAAGCACACUUUUCAAGGCUCCAGCUGCCUGUCGAUCUCAUCAAGGACCAGGAGGUUAUCCUAUCCAAGGUGCUCGGCCUUCUCAGUGCAGCCGUCGACAUCCUUUCUUCCGAAGGACACCUCAAUGCCAUGAACGCCAUGGAAAUGUCACAGAUGGUGGUACAGUCCAUGUGGGAUCGCGAUAGCCCGCUCAAGCAGAUCCCUCACUUUACGGACGAUACUGUCAAAGCCGCUCAUAAGUUCGGAAUUAAGGACAUUUUCGAUUUCAUGGAGGCAAUGAACCCUGAAGAGAAUCCUGAUUACAGCUCGCUGGUCAAGGCUCUAGGUCUCACCAACAAUCAGCUAGCGCAGGUUGCCGACUUCACCAACAACAAGUACCCCGAUAUCGAAAUGGAGCACGAGAUCGAGGACGAGGACGAGAUCCGCUCGAACGAGCCGGCGUACUUGAACAUUCGGAUUCAGCGCAACAUUGAAGAGGACGAUGAAGUGGACCCGACGGUCCAUGCGCCAUUUUACCCCGCGAAGAAGAUGGAAAAUUGGUGGCUGGUUGUCGGCGAAGAGAGCACCAAGAGCCUUUUGGCGAUCAAGAGGGUGACAAUUCUGAGGAAACUUGACGUAAAGUUGGAGUUUACGGUACCUACGGAGGGCAAGCAUGAUCUGAAGCUCUAUCUCAUGAGUGACAGUUAUAUGGGCGUGGAUCAAGAACGGGAGUUUACUGUCACGGCAGCAGAGGGUAUGGACGUCGACGAGGAGGACGAGGAAGACGAGGAUGAAGAGUAA